UACUUUCAAUAUGGAUAUGUUCUUAACAACUGUUUUGAUUUGUCUAUUAUGGUUAGCAGUUUUUAUUGUGAAAAGGUUGCAUAAAACUAAAAGGUUUUCCAAAAAAUAUUUUGUUGGAUGUGUUGGUCCUGUACCAAAUGUUUUGCUCGGAAAUGGGUUUGACUUUGUUGGUGGCAGAGAGGUUAUACUGAAAAGGUUAACGCAGUACACGCAGACUUAUGGUCCGAUUGUGAAGGUUCAUGAUGGCCCUUUUAGCAUGGCUUUGGUCAUCACCGAUCCCAAAUUCAUGGAGUACAUCCUGAGUUCCACAAAGAUCAUUUCUAAAGCCUUUCAGUAUGACUUCUUCCAUGAAUGGCUGGGUACUGGGCUGUUGACUAGCACUGGUAUAAAAUGGAGGAAAAGGAGGAAGAUGCUGACUCCAUCAUUCCACUUUUCUAUUCUGGAAAACUUUAUGGACGUUUUCGAAAAAGUUGGCGACAUUUUCAUCGAAAGAUUAUGGGAAGAAGUAGGAAAACCAAGCGUUGAUAUAUACCCGCUAGUAUCUCUUUGUACAUUGGAUAUUAUUUGUGAGGCUUCCAUGGGAAUAUCAAUCAAUGCAAUAAACGAUGGCGAUUCAGAGUACGUGAGAAGCGUGAAGCAAAUGUGCCAGAUCCCGGUGGAUCGUACGUUUGACUUCACUGCUCCUUUUCAACCAUGGAUUCAUCCGAUAACUCCGAACUAUUUCAAACAGAAAAGGGCUAUCAAGGUGCUCCACGAACACACAGAUAGAGUAAUCGACGAAAGGAUAAAGAAUCCAAUCAACAUUUCAGAUGAGGACAAAGACUCAGUGGGAAUGAAGAAACGAUUGGCUUUCCUAGAUCUUCUUCUGACAGCUACCAUUGAUGGAAAACCGUUGUCCAGAAUGGAUAUCAGAGAGGAAGUGGACACGUUCAUGUUUGAGGUGUUAUAUGACACUGUCAAAACACAGUUUUUGCGAUUUCCACAAUAUUCACAAUAUUAAAAAUUUUCAUAAUAUUUACAAUAUCCGCAUACUCGCAAUAUUCAUAAUACUCACAAUUCUCACCGUUUUAACAAUAUUCGUAAUAUUCACAAUAUUCACAACAUUCACUAUAUUCGCGAUAUUCACGAUUUUCGUAAUUAUCACAAUUUCGCAAUAUUCACAAUCACAAAUGUUAUAAUUUUCAAUAAUUUCAGUUUUUACCAUUUUCGCAAGUUUUAAUUUACACAAGGUCACGACACUACAUCUGCAGCGAUUGCUUUUGCUAUGUUCUCUUUGGCAGAGAAUCGAGGCAUUCAACAAAAAGUGUUAGAAGAACAAAUAUCGAUAUUCGGCGAAAAGAAAAAUAGAAAAACUACAACGACUGAUCUCCAAGAUAUGAAAUAUUUAGAACUAGUUAUUAAAGAAACACUUCGUCUGUAUCCGUCAGUGCCAUGGGUUGGAAGAAAAUUCCCAGAAGAUAUAGAAUGGGAGGGAACACUGUAUCCUAAGGACAUGAACUUGAUGCUCUACAUCUUUGGUACGCAAAGAGAUGCAAGGUACUUCCCAGAACCUUUGAAGUUCAGACCAGAAAGAUUUUUGGAUACAGAAAUUCCCAAUCCGUUUGCCUACGUACCUUUUAGUGCUGGACCAAGAAAUUGCAUAGGACAAAGAUUCGCAAUGAUGGAAAUGAAGAGUACGAUAUCAAAAAUUGUUAGGAACUUCGAGCUUCUGCCAGCCACACCGAAACAUGAGUUACAGCUAGCACCAGAAGUGAUAUUGGUAUCUAAAAAUGGAAUUAGAAUCUCUCUUAACAGAAGGAAAUAACUAUAGUGAAUAGAGCAACUUGUACUUAGAUGACGCGCUGUAUACAGAGUAUCUGGAAGCAAAUGAGGUUAUGAAAUCUUUUGUAUGCUAAAAAUCAAAUACAUGUUUUCAAAAGUAACAAAACGACAAAUAGACUAAUACGGAAAAUGAAUCCGUUUGGUAAGAGACUUGACACCUAUAUUUCGGCACCAGUUUCAUCCUUCUGGGCCCAUAACUUAUAUGACUUCGACGCUCACUCUUUUCAAUAAGAGUAUCAAAACACUUUUUACUUUCUUCUUUACAGUUAUUGCGUUGUGUUUGAAACACUCUGUCACAACCUUUGAAUAGGAGUGGGUCUUUGGUAAAUACACUUAAUGAGCAAUUUUUCAGUAUCACUGUUAUGUCGACACUCAUGGGCUUUUCAGGUAUGUGUAGGCGCAUGCUUUUGCCUAAGUAAACAUUUUCAAAUCUGACAGCGCACGCGCUAUAAGUUAAAUGAAACUCGGAAGUAGAAGGCACGAAUGUAGACAUAACGUUGCUGUAAGAUUUAUUAUUCACGUCAGCGUUGAAAGCUAGAAAAAUACCCCGCAUCAACAAUUUUCAAAAUUACUGGCUUUCCAGACUUCCGUCUCUGCAGUCUGCUCGUGAUACACAAUUGGCC